GAUGGUCCUUGCCAAAACGACGCGUACAGCCGGUUUUCGGGAUAACAAACAUCAUCAAUUAUGCUUCGCACGCAGUGUGCCUCGUGUAAUGUACAGAUCCCGUUGACGGCACCGCGCUGCGGCGUGUGUAAGACUCGCUACUGCGGACGGGACUGCCAAAAAACGCACUGGAAAGGCGGCCACAAGGAACUGUGUCCGGUGAUCAAGCGUCGCGGCGGCCCGGAAGAAAUUUACGCUGACAAUAACUACAAGGAGGCCGUCGUGGCCGCGGUCGAGAAAUGCGCGGACGCCACGAAGGGCCAGACGUGCUACAUCUGCACCGAGGCCCUCCACUGGAAAACGAAGGAAGGACUCGUGCGCGGUUGCGCGUGCCGCGGGACGGCGGGCUUCGUGCACGUGUCAUGUCUGGCGGAGCAGGCCAAGAUUUUGGUCGCGGAGGUCGAGGAGAACAAAUUGGGUGACAAGGCGUUGGAUGAGAGGUGGAUGCGGUGGUACGCGUGCAAUCAGUGCGAGCAAUGGUACCACGGCAAAGCGGGGUGCGCGCUAGGCUGGGCGUGCUGGAAGACGUACGCGGGCCGGCCGUUGGAGACCAGCACGCGUCGGGUGGAGGCGCUGAUGGUUCUCGGCAACGCCUUGUUUAUGACUGGAGGGGAACGCGGCGGGAUAGACCCUGAAUCCGCCAAGAUGGCGCUUAAGGUGUACGAGGUAGCCUUGGCCGUGCGGCUCAAACAUUAUCCGUGGGACACCGGAAACAUUAUCACGUUGAAAGGCAAUAUCGCGGGCUGCUUAAGUGAGCUCGGCAGAACCUCCGAGGCCCUAGUGGCGCGCCGCGGCAUUUUCGAUCAACUCAAACAAGUAGGUGGAGUCGCCAACCCUGACACGCUUCUAGCAGGUGCCAAUCUCACGAUUGAUAUGGUUAGGGUGCAACGUAUCGACGAGUUGGACGCUUUCUUGCGCGAAUAUGAGCUUCUGGUCACGGCUCAGUGUGUUCUCGGGCCUGAGCACGAACACACGAUCCGCCUCAGGUGGGCCCAUGCGCACGCUCUCCGCGUCGACAAGAGCACGGACGCCGUGCGUGCACACGUUGAGGCCAUGGAGGAUAUCUGUCGCACCGCGAGACGGGUGUUUGGAAACCAACACCCGCAGACACUGGGCUACGAGCAGGGCCUGGCGUUGGCGCGAAAGAUCCUCCAGAACAGGCUGGAACAUCCGUCGGAGUUUGCGUAAGAGCACUAGAUGAU